UAGACAUUGGCAGAGCGCCAUCCGAGAUCGCGCCGUUCGUGGGGAAGCUCCCCCCGCAAUUUGUGGAAAUUAGAAUCCAUGUUUAUUCCUCUUGUGUAUAUCUGACCUGUGGGUAUACACUGUUCCCCCUCGCACCUCAACAUUAAGGAUCAUCCCACUACCACUCAACUCCCAUCACCCAGACGCCGGAGAUUACGUGUGUUCGCCUUCAUAAGACCACCGCCAAAAUGGGAGCCAAUAUUCAGGAGUGGUUCAAAGCCUUCUAUGCCACAUCUGAUGAUGGUACUGCACAUGAGAAGUACACGACUUUUUUUGCUGAGGAUGCAACAUUGAUUAUGGGCGACAAUCGGGUUGUUGGACAGGCGGAUAUUUUGCAGCUUCGAACAGGCAUGUGGUCGAAGAUCUCUAGCAGGAAACAUACCUAUACCUACUAUAGUUCCACGGAACGCCCAGAUACGUACAUGCUGGAGGGUGACGUUGUAUAUGGACUCAAAGCAGGGGGCGAGGCCACAAUGAAAUGGGUCGCAAAGGCAGAAUUUGAGGGGCAAGGGUCGGACAGACGUCUUGCAUUCUAUCAGGUCUUCUUAAAUGCAGGCAGUAAAUAAACGGAC